ACAGCUGAAGUUAUACUAUUACAUAACUGAAGUGUUGAUACACUAGUAUAAAGUAUUUAUAUAUGAAAUAUGGAAAAAAGUAUCUUGGCGCGUUUGAACAACAACACAAGAGCUUGUACAAAGUUCUACGAUGAAUCUCAAGACAGAUUAGAAAAUCAGCUUGACGUUGAUGUCAUUCCACAAUUGAAGGAAAUCGACUUUUAUGGAAAACAUAUCGCUCCACAGGAUGAUUAUACACCUGAAGCAGUGACAGAUAAAGACGACGAUGAUGACGGUGUCAGUGUUGGAUCUCUGGUCGAGUUGAUUGAUUUGUUAGAACAAUUUGAAAAAGGGCAUAUCACUUUUGUAGGAGGCGCUGGCUAUGGUAAAACUACCUUACUCAAAGCUAUUUCAAGAGGAGUACUUGAUGGAAUAUUUAUGAAAAAAGUUAAUGUAGUUCACUACAUACAAUGUGCACAUUAUCUACCAAACAAGAUGAUAUCCGCACGAGAAUUAUUAUUUGGAAGUACUUUGUCCGAUGAAGAAUUCACACAAAUUAUGGAAAUUAUAAAAUUGAAUCCAGAUCGCUUUCUCUUUGUACUUGAUUCAUUAGAUUCUCUUCAGUAUGAGGUUGAUGGGGUUUAUAAGUAUAUUGAUGACGUCAAUGAGGAAGCAAAUCCGGAAGCAAUUCUUUCGAAUUUUCUUGCUGGCAAUCUCUUUCCUGGUUCUCGCAUCAUCACGUCUAGUCGUGAACAUUCGAUCCGUAAUUACAAAGGAGAAGUUCGACCACAAAAAGUGAUUGCGCUCACAGGUCUUACAAAUGAAUCCAUUGAAGAAGUAAUUAAUGGGUAUCUGGGGAAGGAGAAGGGGAGACAAACAAUGCAAUAUUUAAAAAAUGAGUGUCCGGCUCAGUUAGCACUUUGUAGCACCCCUGUGUUACUAGUAUACACUCUUAUUGUAUUAGAAGGAGGCGAAUUUCGACCAACUACGACAGCGGGUAUUACAGUCGCCGUGUUUCAAAUAAUUUUAAGGUCCGAGCACACAAGAGAACAAGACAUCCUAGAAAUUUUGAACAAGCUAAAAUCCUUAGCUUAUAAUGGAACAAUGAGAAGCCAAGUUCAUUUUUCAGCCGAAGAUUUUUACCGCGUGGGAUUGGAAAAUAUUGAUGCAGCAACCAGUAUCACAAUCCUUUCUCUAAAAGACCGAACCAAACAGAGAAUCUUCCAAGGAAACGAUCUAUUAUUUUUCAGUCAUCAAAGUCUUCAAGAAAUGCUUUCCGCGUUUUAUAUUUCCGAGAUGAGUCUUGAGAAAUUCAAGGAAUUUGUGUCUCAGCAUCUCCAUGAUUUAAGAUUUCGUGUCGUGAGAAGAUUUCUCUGUGGUGUGCUGAUGGACAAUGAGCUGUUUGAACAAGCCGAGCUAUUGCUUAUACAUGGUGUAGCUUCAGUAGAAGACAAAAAACAAAUCCUUCGAGAAUCUUUCAAAAAUGAGUUGAUGCGUUCUAACUUAGAAGGAGCCGAUUUACUUGAAAUAGUCCGGUCACUGUAUGAAACCAAGGACGGUAUGGACAGCGUCAUCAUGGAAAACCUAUAUCAAGUCAACCUAGAAAAUCUACCGCUGUCACCAAGCGAUUGCCACGCUUUGGGUUCCGUCAUUUCACGAUGCAAAGAUUUUUAUGACUUGGAUAUACAGAACUGCAAUAUGGAUUCAACAUCCAUUGAACUAUUAGCUUCGUUGUUGGAAAAAUCUGGACUCAAGGGCUUCGAAUUAUGGAUUGGUCGCAACACAAGACUCGGUGUAGAAGGAUACUUAACACUGGGACGUUGGUGUAAGAAUUGUGUCAUCGAUAAACUUCAUCUUUAUAAAUCCGAAUUGAAACCCGAUCAAUUAGAUGCCUUGCUUGACACAAUGGAUGAUAACAAAAUUUCUCUGCUUGUGCUUCAUGCAAACACGAACAUGGGUCUUCAUGGAUUGACAACUAUUAGGAAGAUGGCAAUACAGUGUGGAUUAGAAAAUCUCGACCUUCAGAAAUGUAGACUCUCUACUGCUCAGUUACAAGAACUAUCAAAUUUACCCUCGGAGACAAAGUUCCGGGUUCUUCGAUUGAAUGAGAGACGAACAGUUUCAAAUGAAGACGUUGAUGCUUUGGUGAAAAUACUUCCGCACGUGACCGACAUAUUAUCAUUAUACGGUUGGAAAAUAUCCGACGAAGAUUUAAAAAUGUUGGAUACAAUUAAACCAGAGGGUUUGAAGAUCGAUAUGACUGGACCUCACGCUGAUGGAGUUGAAGAAAGCGAAGGCUACAUCGACCCAAAAGGCUUCCAAAUGAAAAUCGGCACAUGCAGAGCAAGAUUUCCCAGACACAUUGUCCACGAACCAACCUAUUUUCAAGUCCUUGCCACAAACAAUCCCGAAAACCAACCAGAAGGAUAUUUUGCUAUCACACCCCGUAUUACCUGCAAUCCUCCAAUAAAUUUCAACGUCCCGAUGACGGUCAAGCUACCAACGUGGUGCAGAACUGAAUCUGAUGAUGUCAUAGCUUAUGUUAUGUACAAAGACAAAGGACAGGACGCUACCUGCCAGAUUCUGGAACAAAAAAAUUUGAAAGAGUGUGGACGGCAAAUAACAUUUGAAUCUGCUUACCACAUGUAUUUUUGGGUUUCCAUCGAUAAGAAUUCACUCAACAAAGUUACUUACAGUGCGCAUAUUUCCCUUUACCAUGCCGAAAGUGGAAAGUUUAAAGCUGUCUUAUAUACUGGAGGAAAAUCAGAUUUAGACGCAGAAAUGAGAAGAAAGGGGUUUAACAGAUUCGACGCUAAUUUUGAAACGAAGAAAAUAGCCAUAACGAACAGACUCAGCCUUACUUUUGCAUGCAAUAUUCCUGGUCAAGAGAUUAUGACAUUGGGACCCGAAUCCAAAGAAUAUUUUCCGCUCGGAGAAAACUUUGCUCUCACUCGACGAAGCACUGUUGACUUCAAAUUACAAUCACUUCCUAAUCCUGGGCAGCACCUGAAAAUAACAUCAACUCUCAGUGACGGCGAAUCAUUGAUUACCAAUCUGUUGUGGUCGGGAGAAGAAUCUCCAGCUACGAGUCAGUCAUCAAUGGAAACAGAGGAAGAAGUCCACUUCACGAAAUCAACAGAAAAAGAUAUUGAUGAAGCAGGAGGACUAAUAUCGCUAAAUGGAAACAGAAUUGUCGUUCCCAAUGGUGCCUUGGAUCAUAAAACAAACAUAAAGUUAUCUGUGGAUAGCGAUCCCUCGCAUUGGCCUUCACAGUUUGUGUUAAUCUCGACGAUUAUCAACUGCGACUUGUCUGGAUCAAAAUUAAACAAACCUGUUAGAGUUGAAAUGGAAACAUGGUGUACAACCUAUCACGGCGAAGCAGAAAUAUUGGUUUUAAAGAAAAAGAAUAAUGAUACUACAUGGAAAGUGGAGAAAACUGCAAAAUUGGGGACUUCCGGAACUGUAGCGUUUGAGACUCAAGGAUUUUCUCUAUGUGCACUGGGAUAUUAUGUUGAAACUGCAUACAUGUUUCUGAGAGAAUUACUUGGAAUUCCUAUUAAAUAUCAUAUGGUCAAUUUGCUAUAUUAUAACAACGACGCUACUUUUACUUCGAUUGUAUGCAAACGCGAUACUACAAUUCUAAAUGAAGUUCGGGAAAAUAUGUCACGCGGGAAUAUUGGUAUUGAAUUUAUGACACCCGCAUUGAAUUUCAUUUCGCCACCGGGAAGUCAAAUCCGUAUUGCAAUAAGCUGUAGCCAGCCACUCCAAUGUGAAUUUGUAGAGGGCGACUCAGGAGACGAAGUUCGAAUAGACAUUGAACCUCCUAAGCGCCGAAAGGAAUCUUUCACCGAAAUAUUUGUGGAUCAAGUAAUGUCAAACAUGUGGAAACAAAAGUAUUUCAACCUCCAACCAAAACCUGAUGAUUCUUGCAAUAGUUUGGAAAUAGGAUACUCCGUUAUUGUUAACUCUGAGACUCCAGAACUACACAGUAUUAGAAAUCGGUGGCCAGCAGUUUUACCGACACCACCACCUGCUCCAGUGAUUCAAGGAAAUUAUGUCAACUACGGACCCGGACAGAUGAAUAUAAAUAAGAAUGAAGGCCAAAAUAUUCUGUUUGUUUCUCCACAAGCAAAUGUGCAAUAACAAAUGCAGCGAUGGUCGGUAUUCAAGCUUUCAAGCUUCGCUAUCGAUGGACUGUGUCAACUCUUAAAGAAUUCUCCUCAGUGGAAGACUUCCUAAAACAGACGAAUAUCGAGUAUUGCACAAGGCAAUUAAAUGGUCCCGUAUUUGAAUUCUCAAAACAUAAAUCGAUUUCUCGUAUACUCCAAUGCUAGUAGAGCAUGACCCAAAAAACAGAAUUCUCACAUAUUUCUUAAUUACUCACUACGAAAAUAAAAUAAAAUUAUUUGAUACGGCAACCUUUGUUUGUAUAUUAUCAUAUACAAAAAUUUAUGUAAUCUACUACGCUUUGCACAAAAUUUUUGUUCCGUCUAGAAUAUUUUCCAAAUGACCCGUUUUGUUUUUGAUUCAACUUCUAAUUAAUUUUAAUUUCUAAUUGUAUACAAGAUAUAUUAUGCAUUCUUCCUUAAAAGUAUUAGAGAAAUUUUCAUCACUCAAGACUUUUUUGUAGUGUCUUCGUGAUAUUUUCUUAUGUAAUCCAGCUUUGUCAAAAUAUUAGCAAG